AUUCCCUUAACUUUUCAUCUUCUAAAUAAUCACUUCUUGUAAUUGUUUUUCAUCCAUCCAUUUUCAUCAGACAUCUCGUUCUGCAAGACUAGUACUUUCAUGGCGAUUUCACCAUCAUCAAAUAGUCCUUCUUGUUUAGACUUAACAAUCUCUGUACCUGGUUUUGCUUCUUCUUCUUCAGCUUCUUCCUCAUCUCCUUUAUCUCUUGUUCCUUCUUCAGAAGGAGGAGGAUCAUGUUCAAUGAAGAAUUUGGAUAUGAAUCAAGUACCAACCUUUACUUAUUCAUUAAUGGAAGAAGAAGAAGAAAUAGAUCAUGAGUACUUGACAAUAGGCACAAGAUCAUCACUACUGCUGGAUGAUCAUGAUCAAGAGAGUGGGGGUGAUGGUAAAGCUCCUCCUCGUAAGAAAUUACGUCUCUCUAAAGAACAGUCUCGUUUACUUGAAGAAAGUUUCAGAGAAAAUCACACCUUAAAUCCUAAACAAAAAGAAGCAUUGGCGUUUCAGUUGAAGCUUAAACCACGCCAAGUUGAAGUCUGGUUCCAAAACCGCAGAGCUAGGACUAAGUUAAAGCAGACAGAGAUGGAGUGUGAAUAUCUAAAGAGAUGUUUUGGUUCAUUGACAGAAGAAAACAGAAGAUUACAAAGGGAAGUUGAACAACUUAGGGCAUUAAGAGUUGGUCCACCAACAAUAUUAUCACCAAAUAGUUUUGAACCAUUACAAGCAUCAAAUAUCACUAUGUGUCCGCGCUGCGAACGUGUAACAACAAAUAGUGGUAAUGCAUCUGAUAAGUGUCCUUCUGCUGGUAAGACUGCUAAUAAGCAAGUUCAUCAUCACGUACUACUAGACUCAAGACAACCUUGGGCUGCUUAUUGAAAAGGACUUUGGAGGAUUUUAGUGCUGCUACAAGAAAUCUUCUCUUAACAAUGGCAGUGAUGAUCAGAAAUCUUCCUCGGGGUUUGCAUCUGAGGAUCUCUGAUUUUGUUUCUUGUGUUCAAAAAUUAACCUCAGUUGGAUUUUCUCAUUUUGGAGCUUUUUAGUUUUAAUGUAUUUCACUCACUUCUUUUGUGUGUGAACAAAACCUACCAUCAUCUAACCACUUUAGUUUCAACAGCAUCUGUUACUGUUAGAUGAUGAAGGGUUUUUCUCACCCACGUGAAAGUGUUUUUUACAUUUCGCGUUCUCUUUUUCUUUCUUUCUUUUCUUCGGAUGUUAAAAUAGAAACUGUAUAUAUUUAA